AUUACAGAGAGGUGUCGACACUUUCACGCUCAUUCUUCUACCAAAAGUCUCUGAUCCUCCCACCGAUGCCCUUCACGCUUUCAGAUAUGUUGACAUUUUUUCACCCUUUCUCUCUCCUAACUUUCUCUCUCUACAGCGCACGAAACCCAGAGGACGUCUGCUGUGCACAGGAUAAGAAGAGCACAAUUUCAAUCCCAAAUCGUCCUCUCUGUAGAAUCGAUCAAUCUCGUACUCAGUUUACUUCUGUAUAGAGAAUCGUGUCACCAACCAGCAAAAGCCCAGAACCCAAUAAUCCUCACCCAUGUUGUUCAUCGAGGAUCUCUUGCCGUUGCUGUACCUCGACGGAGUUAGAGAAAAGACUCGACUUUUCUCAGACUCCGUUUUGCAGAAACUUUCUGAAUCUAUGUCCAACACCAGCUGCCGCAGUGGUGAUGCUGGGUUAGAAUCCUGCCGAGAUGAAUCGGCCGCUUUUACCCUUAAAAUGGUGGCAAUUGUGACCAUCCUCACUGCCGGAGUAGUCGGUGUCAGCAUACCUCUUGUUGGCAAGAGGCGUAGCUUUCUCCAUACAGAUUCCAACCUCUUCUUUGCAGCCAAGGCCUUUGCUGCCGGUGUGAUCCUUGCCACCGGCUUCGUCCACAUGUUACCGGAUGCCACUACAGCUUUAACUGACCCGUGUCUCCCGACAAACCCUUGGUUGAAAUUCCCAUUUGCUGGGUUCUUUGCAAUGAUUGCAGCCCUCCUGACGUUGCUUGCUGACUUCGUUGGGACUCAGUACUAUGAGAGAAAACAGGAGAAGCAGAGGGCAAGUAAGGUAGGACGGGUUGACCCGGUUGACUCGUUGUUGGAGUCAGGAGGGAUAGUAGAAGUGAAGGAGAGGAACGGGAAGGUGUUUGGGGAAGAAGAAGGAGGUGGAAUGCACAUUGUGGGGAUGCAUGCGCAUGCAGCGCACCAUAGACACAGCCAUGCGCAUGGGCAGGAAGCAUGUGAUGGACACUUGAAUGAGCAUUCACACGGGCACUCACAUGGAUUUGGAGAUGGGGAAGAGGAGGGUGGUGGUGUGCGGCAUGUCGUUGUUUCUCAGGUUUUGGAACUUGGGAUUGUAUCACACUCAGUUAUUAUUGGGCUUUCGCUUGGAGUUUCACAAAGUCCAUGUACCAUAAGACCCUUGGUUGGGGCAUUAUCCUUCCAUCAGUUCUUCGAAGGUUUUGCACUUGGAGGCUGCAUCUCUCAGGCCCAAUUCAAAACGCUCCAUGCCACUCUUAUGGCAUGUUUUUUCAGCAUCACAACCCCAGCAGGAAUCGCCAUCGGAACAGGCAUUUCAGCAUUUUAUAACCAAAAUAGCCCUAGAGCGAUGAUUAUCGAAGGCACUUUUGAUUCUAUAUCAGCUGGCAUUCUGGUCUACAUGGCUUUGGUAGACCUUAUUGCAGCUGAUUUCUUGAGUAAAAGGAUGAGCUGCAAUGUGAGACUCCAAGUUGUGUCUUAUUUAAUGCUGUUCCUUGGGGCUGGAUUGAUGUCUUCACUUGCAAUUUGGGCUUGAUUUAUUUAUUUUUUAUUCGUGUAAUAUUUUCUUUUCUUUUUCAGCAAAAAAUGCAGGAUUUUUCUCUGUGGUGUAGUUUCUAGUAUUUGCUUGCAUAAUUUUCCUUAGAUUUAGGCAAUGCCAUUCUCUUUUGUGAUAUGAUACUGUAAGUGACUGAUCAGCAGAUGCUGGGGAUGAUAGAGAUCACAGAAAGAUGAUUUAUUUGUUCUUUUCAAUUCAAA